ACUUUCUAACUGCUGUCCACUUGUUGCACGCGCUUCACUCACGCUCUGUGGGAGCUGUCUCGCGCUGCUGUGGACUUUCCAUCUAUUUUAUUUUUAAACUUGCUUUUUUUAAUUCGCGUUUUUAUCCGCCUGCAUUGUUUGUCCUCCUCUUCCUGUGGACUUGCAGGCGCAGACACCGGGGGCCAUGCUGCACACUCCACUCACUGAAGCCUGUCGUGUGAUGUGAGACGUGUUGCUGAAGGACAUAUUGAGGUUUUGCAUGAAUCUGCUCACCAUGACGGAGGAGAGCAGGAGUGAGCACAGAGCUGAGAGCGGGAAGGAUCUGGAGAAGCAGCUCCGGUUACGAGUUUGCGUCCUGAGUGAACUCCUGAAGACUGAACGGGAUUAUGUCGGGACGCUAGAGUUCCUCUCGGUUUUUCUACAUCGUCUCAACCAGUAUGCUACCACCAAAAUCGACAAGAACAUCACAGAGGAGACUGUCAAGGUUUUAUUCUCCAACAUCGAGGAGAUCCUGGCGGUCCACAGAGACUUCCUGUCCAUGGUGGAGGAGCUGCUGCAGCCCGACCCUCACGCUCACCACGAGAUCGGGCGCUGCUUCCUGCACUUUAGGAGCCGUUUCCAGAUUUAUGACGAAUACUGCGGGGGAGGGAACCAUGAGAAGGCUCAGAGGCUGCUGCUGGAGCUCAAUAAGAUCAGGAGCGUCCGGACAUGUUUACUGAACUGCAUGUUACUGGGAGGCAGGAAGAACACGGAGGUCCCCCUGGAAGGUUACCUGGUCGCUCCUAUUCAGAGGAUCUGCAAGUACCCACUGCUGCUCAGAGAGCUUCUGAAAAGAACCCCGAAGAAGCACAACGACUACGUCCUGGUGCAGGAGUCUCUGCAGGUGAUGAAGGCCGUGUGCUCCAGCAUCAACGAAGCCAAGAGACAGAUGGAGAAGUUGGAGAUUUUGGAGGAGUGGCAGUCGCACAUCGAGGGCUGGGAGGGCUCCAACAUCACAGACACGUGCACAGAGAUGCUCAUGCACGGCGUCCUCCUGAAGAUCUCAGCUGGAAACAUACAGGAGAGGAUUUUCUUCCUGUUUGACAAGCUGCUGGUCUACUGCAAGAAGAAGAACAGACGUUUAAAAAACAGUAAGACGGCCACGGAGGCUCCUCGUUACCUGUUCAGAGGGAGGAUCAACACGGAGGUGAUGGAGGUGGAAAACGUGGACGACGGCACGGCUGACUACCACAGCAGCGGGAACAUAGUGAACAACGGCUGGAAGAUCCACAACACGGCCAAGAACAAGUGGUUCGUGUGCAUGGCCAAGACCCCGGAGGAGAAGCAGGAGUGGCUGGAGGCCAUCAUGAAGGAGAGGGAGCGCAGGAAAAGUCUGAGGCUGGGCAUGGAGCAGGACACCUGGGUGAUGGUUUCAGAGAAGGGGGAGAAGCUCUACCACCUCAUGACCAACAACAACCUCAUUAAGGACCGUAAACGCAAGCUCACCACCUUCCCCAAGUGCUUCCUGGGAAGUGAGUUUGUGUCUUGGCUGAUGGAGAUCGGUGAGACGGGCAACCCGGAGGAAGGUGUUCACCUGGGUCAGGCUCUGCUGGAGAACGGCAUCAUCCACCACGUCACAGACAAACACCAGUUCAAACCCGAGCCCGUGCUGUACCGUUUUCGCUACGACGAUGGCACCUACCACCGCCGAAGUGACACGCAUGAUGUCAUCUCUAAGGGUGUUCGUCUCUUCUGCCGUCUUCACAGCCUCUUCACUCCUGUCAUCAGGGAUAAGGACUACCAUCUGCGGACCUACAAGUCAGUGGUGAUGGCCAACAAGCUGAUAGACUGGCUCAUUGCUCAGGGGGACUGCAGAACCCGGGAGGAAGCGUUGAUUUUGGGGGUGGAGCUGUGCGACAACGGCUUCAUGCACCACGUGUUGGAAAAGAGUGAGUUCAAAGACGAGCCGCUGUUGUUCCGUUUCUUCGCUGACGAGGAGAUGGAGGGUUCCAACACCAAACACAAGCCUGUAAAGCACGACCUGAAGAUAGUGGAGAACGUGAUCUCCAAGUCUCUGCUGAUAAGGCCAACGGACGGAGGGUACGGCUUCACCCUGGAAGAGAGGAACAGAGUCCCCAUUAUCAAGUCUGUAGAGAAGGGCUCCCCCGCUGAGAUGGCCGGUCUGGAGGUGGGGAAGAAGUUGUUUGCCAUAAAUGGAGACCUGGUGUUCCUCAGGCCUUUCGCUGAAGUUGAAGUUCUCCUUCUGCAGAGUUUCCACAGCAGAGGCCCCCUCAGGGUGCUGGUCAGCACCAAGCCUCGGGAGACGGUAAAGAUCCCAGACUCUGCCGAUGGUUUGGGUUUCCAGAUCCGUGGCUUCGGUCCCUCGGUGGUCCACGCUGUCGGGAGAGGCACAGUGGCAGCCAUCGCCGGCCUCCACCCGGGCCAAUGCAUCAUCAAGGUGAACGGCAUCAACGUGAGCAAGGAGAGCCACGCCAGCGUCAUCGCUCAUGUCACCGCGUGCAGGAAGUACCGCCGACCUACACAGCAAGACGCUAUUAAGUGGGUUUACAACAACAGUGAGAGCGCUCAGGAGGACAACCAGAGAACUGAGCAGAAACCAAACCCUGAGGAGAACGGAGACGGCUUUGAGUGUCAAGUAGAAGAGGUGAUGGACAAAUUCAACACUAUCGCCAUCAUCGACGGGAAGAAGGACCACGUGAGUCUGACGGUGGACAACGUGCAGCUGGAGUACGGAGUGAUGUACGAGUACGACAGCACGGCCGGCAUCAAGUGUCACGUGCUGGAGAAGAUGGUGGAGCCCAAAGGAUUCUUCAGCCUCACUGCGAAGAUCCUGGAGGCGCUGGCGCGUAACGACGACACGCUGGUGCAGAUGUGCGGCAGGUUGAGCUCCAGCAGUGAUGUGAUCCCAGAGGAGCUGCAGGUACGCUUCAGUGCCAUGUGUGGGGAGCGGGUGGAGCACAUCAACCGGCGCAUCACCAACUACAGGAAGUUUGCUCGGGUGCUGAAGAACCGGGCGUGGCCGACCUUCAAGCAGGCUAAAGCCAAGGUGUCCCCGCUGCACAGCAGCGACUUCUGCCCCACGAACUGUCACAUCAACGUGAUGGAGGUGUCCUACCCGAAGACCACCACCUCUCUGGGCAGUGCCUUCGGUGUGCAGCUGGACAACAGGAAGAACACGCUGGAGAGGGGGGGGCGCAGCAGUGAGCAGGGUAAGAUGAACCCCAUGGUGAACGUGCAGCAUACCAUCACCACCAUGGCCGCUCCGUCAGGUCACAGCCUGGGCAGGACGGAGGGGCACGGCCUGCGCUUCCUGCUCCGAGAGGAAGACCUGCUCACCCUGGACGCUUACCAGAAGCUCCUCUACAAACUCACCAUGGUGGUGAAGGAGAUGGAGACGCACGGCGCACAUAUUCACGACCUCUUAUCCUCCAUCACCCACCCUCCAGCGUCAGAGGCCAGGACCCCAGAGAGCUACAUAUCUGCAGAGAGUGAGGGCGAGAAGGGGGAGAGGAACGGGAAGAAAGUGUGUUUUAACGUGGCGGGGGACGAGCAGGAAGACUCCGGACACGACACAAUCAGCAACAGAGACUCGUACAGCGACUGUAACAGCAACAGGAACUCCAUCGCCUCCUUCACCAGCAUCUGCAGCAGCCACUGCAGCUCCUACGUCCACAGUGAUGAGAUGGACUCAGGAGACGAGAUGCCCUCCAGCGUGUGGCUGUCACACGAUAAGCAGAAGAAACUUCACAGUUUUCUGGAGCAUCUGUUCAGCCAGGUGGACUCUAUCAGCAGCAUGCUCAGAGGAGCAGUGGUUGCUCGGGCCUUCGAGCAGACCAAGUGCUUCACACCUGGAAGAGGACUGCAAGAGUUUCAGCAGGACAUGGAGCCCAAAGUGAACUGCACCAAAAAGCUGCGUCUCCAUGUGAAGCAGGAUCCCUGGAACCUGCCCAGCAGCGUCCACUCGCUCACACAGACCAUCGCUAAAUACGUAGAGGAGGUGAAGACGCGGCUGCUCCUGGUCUUACUGCAGUAUACAGACUCGGAGAUCCAGCUGCGUCGGGACAUGGUGUUCUGUCAGUCACUGGUAGCGGCGGUGUGUGCCUUCUCCGAGCAUCUGCUGGCUGUCCUCAACCAGUUCCACAAUGUGGGCCGGGAAUCGGAGCAGGACGGCUCGGACCCCCAGGACCUUCAGGAGGCCCAGGAAGCCAGCCGCCGUUGGCUGGAGCAGAUCGCCAGCGCUGGGCUGCUCCUCCACUUCCAGUCCCUCCUCUCCCCCAAUCUGACUGACGAGCAGGCCAUGUUGGAGGACACUCAGGUGGCUCUCAUCGACCUGGAGAAGGUCACUUUCUACUUCCAGCAGUUUGAGGGCGAGCCGCUGGUGGCCAACACGCCCAUGUCGUACCAGGUGGAGGGCACCCGUCAGGCGUUGAAAGUUUGCUUCCAGCUGGAGAGCUUCUACUUCUCUCAGCUGCCUCACAGGCUGAAAAACGGUGGAGGCAUCAAAAUGUACCCGGUGCUGUUCACACAAGCGCUGGAGAGUAUGGAGGGUUACUACUACAGAGACAACGUGUCGGUGGAGGAGUACCAGGCGCAGAUCAACGCUGCCUCCCUGGAUAAGGUCAAACAGUACUACAAGAGACUGAGGGCUUUCUACCUGGAUCAGUCCAACAUGCCACCCAGCUCUGCUCCCAAAGCUGCCCUCAUAGAUAAGUUGAUGCGUCCCCUCAAUGCUCUGGAGGAGCUGUACCGUCUGAUGGAGUGUUUCAUCAGCUGUCGCCGCACUGCUGCCUGUCAGUACACCGCCUGUGGGGCUUCUGGAGUCGGGCUGCUCACCGUGGCCUCCGAGCUCUGCUCGCGCCUGGGAGCCACACACAUCGUCAUGUGCAACAGCGGCGUUCAUCGCUGCACCCUGAGUGUGACACUGGAGCAGGCCAUCCUGCUGGCCCGGAACCACGGCCUGCCUCCUCGCUGCAUCAUGCAGGCCACUGAUGUCAUGAGGAAGCAGGGGGCGAGAGUUCAGAAUUCUGCCAAGAAUCUGGGAGUGAGGGAUCGCACCCCGUCAUCAGUCCCAAGGUUGUACAAGCUGUGCCAGCCUCCACCCCCGGAUGGUGACCCAUAAUACAUUGCAUCCAGGAAAUGUGCUGAGGAAGUCUUGAGGAGCUUUGCGUCCCCCCCCCCAUGAAGGAUCUACCUAAUAAAAUACUUUUAUUGGGUCCAUUUUUAUAUCUCCACAGUAGCUGCCUGAAGUGUAAAUAGAAUUUUAAACCGUAAAUAGUAUUUUUAAUACUUCAUAUUUUUUAUUGUUGUACUUUAUACAUAUUUUGUGUGUUUUCUUCUUCGUAUGACAAGACAAUGACUGAGAAAACAAAAGAAGUAGACCCCGAGAAUGCAGUUAAAUGAAAUCAGUCCACUGUCUGCAGAUAACACGUUUGUUUUCAUGAGGGACAUUUGCAUUUCAUGUUAUUAGUUUAAUUUGCAUAUGAAAUAUGCAAGAUAAUAAUGAUUAAAGAGCAUAUUUGGCUUUGUGUGUGUUUUUAAAUUAGCCAAUCAUUUGCCUUCAGCUCUGACUUGAGUGUUUUAAUGAUGAUCUCCGUGUUGGAUAACCAUAUGAAAGUGUGUUUUGUAACGUUCCUCAACAUGUUUAUUGUAAAUAUGCAUAUGUGGUAUGAAUGUGCUAAAAGAGUCACGCCUUUGAAUCCCGUUUGGUUUGGAUUCCUACGACUGUUACAUCCACGUGAAGAUUUCUAUCAGUAUUAACAUGAACUAGGUUUUUGGAAGUAGAGCUACGAGACAUAUUCUGUUCUUCUAUACUGACAGUACUCAGGAUUAAAGUGUCUCUGUUACUUGUUAUUGGACGUAUCAUAGAUGGAUGUCUGGCUCACUAUGCAAACAAACAAGUGGAAAUAAACUGCAUCAAUAAGCUCCAGCAGUGAGACUUUA